AUGGUCAUCCUUAAUAGACUGCCCACUAAGGACAGGUUGAUUCGUUUUGGUCUGGAAAUGGACAAUGGCUGUAUUAUGUGUGGCAAUGGGCUGGAAACACGUGACCACCUAUUUGCUAACUGUUCCUUUGCUAAGGAGGUUUGGGAUGCUGUUCUUGUCGUGUGUGGGAUUCGUUCUGGUCUGUACAACUGGGAUGAACGAAUGGAUUGGCUGGUUGAGAAUUUGAGGGGUAAGUCCCCUCGAGUGAGGUUUUUAAAGCUUGCCUGGACUGUUUAUUUGUAUCACAUUUGGGAGGAGCGUAACCAUAGAGUUUUUAGGAGGGUUUCGCGUUCAGUUGAUGCGGUUGUUACAAAGAUUAAAGAAACUGUCCAUUACAAAUUGUAUAGACACUCUACACAUAGAAGAGAUGAUGUAUAUAGGCACUUGUAUAUGAGUUGGGGACUGAUAUAG